AUGUCCGCGGAGACGAACCUCUCCGAUGGGAUCAGCAUCAUAAACGUUACGGAUGAAUAUCAGAUGGGGCCGGCUGACAAAGCGUCGCCCCUUCCCGCCAUCAUGCUCCACCUUGUCGCCUACCUAACCGUGUUCAUCGUCUGUAUCCUUGGGAAUGUGCUACUGGUGUUCCUAAUCAGGAGGAAACCGCACCUUAGGACACCGGCCCUCUGUUUUGUGUUUAAUCUGGGAUUCGUAGACCUACUUGUUGGCAUAUUCUGUAUACCGUACGAUCUCUUCCACCCCUUCUUUAUACAAGAGGAGGGUCUUGGCUUCCUGAUGUGCCGGGUGAGCAACACGCUUCAGGGGGUCGCCAUCAGCGGGUCUGCCUUCACGCUAACGGCGCUGGCCGUCUGCAGGUAUCGCCUGAUCACGGCGAACAAGAAGCGACAAGAAGACGCCAGGAAGGCCUUGCCGUUUCUCGCCCUGAUCUGGACUACAUCCGUGGCCAUCAGCCUGCCUCAUUUCAUAUUUGUGACCUCCUCAGACAACAAAAAAUCAUCACGAAUCCGGCGGUUCUGCGACGAGGAGUGGACCUCAUCACACUACAGCUUCAUGUACAAGGGGUUCCUCAUGGCAAAUUUCGGUUUCAAUCGACCAUCAGGUCGAGUGCCGACUUUGGUCGGCGGAUCCGCCGGAAGUCUCGGCACCGCAAAGAAACGCACGGCGGCUCGCGGCACCGCAAAGAAACGCACGGCGGCUCGCGGCACCGCAAAGAAACGCACGGCGGCUCGGGGCAUCGCAAAGGGGCGCGUGGCUACUCUCCAAGGACGGAUUUAG